AUGAGGGAAGACCUGAAAGGCCAGAACCUGACCUUCACUGAGAUUGCAAAGCUGGUCGGGGAGAACUGGCAGAGUCUGGAUCCCACAGAAAAGGAGACAUACGAGAGCCAGGCAAAUGCCGCCAAGGAAAAAUACCACCGCAACCUUUCCGAGUACAAGAAGACCCCUGAAUACCGCCGGUAUUCUCAGUAUCUCCAUGACUUCAAGGAGAAACAGGCUAAGCACAACAAGGGCCAUGAUGUCGCCAAGCGUCCCAAGCAGCGGCAGUAA